GUCAGUGUGUAUGAUCCACCAGAAAAGAUCAUACCGAGAUGGCGCUUGAAUUCUUGAAUUCAUCUCAGCUUGAGAGUGGUGAAUCCAUGGACUUUGAUAAUAAGAUCCAUGAAAUCAAGGCAAUGGCUAGACGAACACGGGAGAUAGAAGCUGGCAUAGAACUUAAUCAAAAGGAGAAGCACGACAUUAACAAAGAAACGGGCGACGAUGAUGAAGAUAUAAGCAUGUGGUCGCAGGACAGGCUUCCAGAUGAGGUUUUGACACACAGUGAGGUUGAUGAUGAUAAAUAUGAAAGCUUGGGGACUUCAACUGAAAGUGAUCAAGAAAACAUUGAGCAGUCGCUUGACAAGAUAUUUUGGCCAUGGCAAGAAUGUUGGGGCUAAUUAUGAUGAAUUCUGGUCGUGGGAAGAAGGGAGAGAUUAAGGAUAAUCCUGUUUCUGUCAAGAUCAUCUCCACGGCUAAGGUAUAAAUCUCGAUCUUGAUC